AUGGAGAGGAGCAAUCACACAGUCACAGAAUUCAUCCUGGUGGGCUUCACUACAGACCCCACGAUGCAGCUGGUCCUCUUUGUGUUGUUCCUGGGAGUGUACUCUCUCACCCUGGUGGGAAACACCACCCUCAUAGCCUUGAUCUGCAAUGACUCCAGGCUACACACACCCAUGUAUUUUUUCAUUGGGAAUCUCUCUUUCCUGGAUCUCUGGUAUUCCUCUGUCUACACCCCAAAGAUCUUAGUCACCUGCAUCUCUGAAGACAAGAGCAUCUCCUUUGCUGGCUGUGCAUCUCAAUUCUUUUUCUCUGCUGGUCUGGCCUACAGCGAAUGCUACCUGUUGGCUACCAUGGCUUAUGACCGCUAUGUGGCUAUUUCCAAUCCCUUACUCUAUGCUCAGACCAUGUCAAGAACACUGUGCAUCUCUUUAGUCAUAUGUUCCUAUACUGGAGGGUUUGUCAAUGCAAUUAUACUCACUAGCAACACAUUCACAUUGGAUUUUUGUGGUGACAAUGUCAUUGAUGAUUUCUUCUGUGAUGUCCCUCCCCUGGUGAAGUUGGCUUGUGAGGUGGAAGAGAGCUAUCAAGCAGUGCUCUACUUCCUCCUGGCCUCCAACGUCAUCACCCCCACAGUGCUCAUCCUGGCCUCCUACCUCUUCAUCAUUGCUGCCAUCUUGAGGAUCCGCUCUACCCAAGGCCGCCUCAAAGCCUUCUCCACGUGUUCCUCCCACUUGAUCUCUGUGACUUUAUACUAUGGUUCCAUCCUCUACAUCUAUUCACGUCCCAGUUCCAGCUAUUCUCUAGAGAGGGACAAAAUGGUUUCUACCUUUUAUACAGUGUUGUUCCCUAUGUUGAACCCCAUGAUCUAUAGUCUGAGAAAUAAAGACGUAAAAGAAGCUUUGCAAAAGCUAUUCAAGGGAUCACAACUCUAA